AUGGCGAAUGAGAGGCAGUCCUGCCAAGACAUCUUUUAUGGUAUUAAUAGUUCAUGGAGCACAAAAUACUUUGUGACUCAUGGUGACAAGGUGUACUCUUCCACCAGAAGAGGGAAGAAAAACUUGGGAGACUGUCCCACUGGCCGCUCUGAAAAGCCAUCUUUGCAUUGUUCCGGGGUCCUGCUCCGCACUGGCUGCAGCCACCUCCACAGCCGCCUCUUCCUCCGCUUCGAACCCCGGCAGGACAGCGUUCUCACCAGAGUCCUGGACCUCGAUUCCUCGCUCCCUCGCUGCAGCGCAUCACCCGCGUGCCCCAAGGUGUCGGACGCGCCCGUGGACACCAGCUCCGAGAUCACCACCAAGGACUUGGAGGAGAAGGAAGUUGCGGAGGAGGCGGAGAAUGGAAGAGACGCACCUGCCAAUGGGAAUGCUAAUGAGGAGAAUGGGGAGCAGGAGGCUGACAAUGAGGUCGAUGAAGAAGAUGGGGAGGAAGUUGAGGAGGAGGAAGAGGAUGAAGAUGAGGAGGCUGAGGCCUCUACGGGCAAGCGGGUAGCUGAAGAUGAUGAGGAUGUUGAUGCUGACGCCAAGAAGCAGAAGACUGAUGAGGAUGACUAGACAGUAAAAAGGAAAAGCUAAACUUAAGGCCACCGUGACCUUUUCGCCCUCCACUUCCGGUCUCAGAAUUUAAACGUGGUCACCUUUGAGUAGAGGAGCAGGCCCCGCCCGCCCACAGCGGGUAAUGUCACCCACACAUGACAUGAGCUCUCCACCACCCCACCAAAACCACAUGAAUUUGCAACAGGGGAGGAAAAAAGAACCAAAACUUCCAAAGCCCUGCUUUUUUUUUUCCUUAAAAAUACUUUAAAAGGAAAAUUUGUUUGUAUUUUUUAUUUACAUUUUAUACUUUUGUACAUAUUGUUAGGGGUCAGCCAUUUUUAAUGAUAACGGGUGACCAAACCAGCCUUCAGAGCGCUCUCUGUCCUACUUCAGAUCUUAUUGUGGUGUGACCAUGUUCAUUAUAAUCUCAAAGGAGAAAAAAAAAACUU